AUGAAAGAAUUAAGUAACUCGAAUUAUCCACCAGAGGACUACGAAUGUACUGCAAGAGAGGAUGGAUUAGGUGCUUUCUGGAAUCCGACACAACAGAAGGUCAGAUGUCUAGAAUUGAAAUGUGGUGAAUUUCCAACGCCCUCGAGAACUAUAGGCGGAGUUAAAGGUUAUUCAUGCGCUACAAAUGCAAGAAGUAUUGGAAUUGAAUGUACAGCAUUAUGUGACGAAAAUUCUUAUGUUGAGAACGUAAUAUAUUCGUCAUAUCCAGCAUCAGAGUACAAAUGCACUGCAAGCAGGGAUGGAUUAACCGCUUUCUGGACUCCGACAUUACAGAAGGUCAGAUGUCGAGUAAUUAAAUGUCCUACUUUGCCAUUUAACGUCGGAUCCCACUCUGUUGAACUUUGUGCCAACAAACCAGUGGGUUCGGAAUGUACAUUAAGAUGCGAAGACGGAUAUAGACUUGAAGGAAGAACAAAAACAGCGACAUGCAGCCGAAAAAAAUCCCAGAAUUCCGCUAUGUGGUCAUCAAUCGGGAAUACAGAAUGCGUCCGUAUUACUUGUAAGCCGUUCGUAAUACCAGAACCGAGGAAUAAAUAUUUGAAGAAACCAUAUCGGACGACAUGCCCAGAAAAUUCUGGAACGAAUUGCUAUCUUGAAUGCAGUGAUGGAUAUGAAUUUCAAAAUGGAGUACCUUCUAAAGCUAUUGAAUGCCGACAAGAGGGAGAAAGUGCAAGCUGGAGUACUGAUAUAUCAACGGUAGAAAGUUGUCAACUAAAAAUACUAAAGAAUGAAAACUGUAAAUACUGGAUAUCAGAUAGUUCAGUCAAUGGCAGACAAAAUGCUGCAGCUGCGUGCAAAGAUCGAGCUGGCCCAGCAUACGAGUUAGCCAUGCCUAAGACAGAAGAUCAGAUCCAAUUUCUCUUCCGUGGAAUGAGAUCUACCAAAACAUUUUUGAUUGACGCAUGGAGAAAUAAAGGAAAAUGGACUUGGGGCGAUGGUGAUUCAUACAGCAGCACGAGUACAACCUCCAGGAAGUGUGCGGUAUUGAAGUCUUAUCAAAGAACGGAAUAUUCCAAUUGUAAUCAGAAAUAUAUAUGCGAAAUGUGGGAUGGUACCGGAAGUAAUAAAAGUCCUUGUUCUUCACAUCCUUGUGUGAAUGGGGAAUGUGUCGUGUACGGCUGUAGCUACAAAUGCAAUUGCCCACCAAUGUUUUUCGGACGCCAUUGCCGGGAGGGUCCGUUAACUGUUAAAUUUUCUAAAGACGAAUAUCAAACGACGGAAGGCGGAUCAAUUACAAUAAUCUUUGAAGUGGAAACAAAUAUUGCGGGAAAAUCUGAUUUUCAACUAUUCAUAAAUGGGAAACUAAACAAAACAUUUUUCGUAAAUGGAGAAGAAUCUACAGAUGGGUCAACUUUAAAAGAUCUAUACACUCUAAAAGAUAUAACGCAAGACACGUACAUAAGUGGGAAAGGAAUACUGUAUAAUGGUUCUACGUUUACAAAUGUUCUGAAUUGCACAAAAAUAACCGUUAUUGGUAAAACGAAGCAAAAUGCGGUGAACGUUUCUAAAGAUAUCUGUGACGGAAAUAAGUUGACAGUAGAUUGGAACAAACUCGAAAACUCCGAAUCACUAAAAUAUACAAUAAUGGUAAACGGGAAAAACAGAUCUUCUGAGGAACAAGGGCCCUAUGAAGUAAUGAAACUGCAUAAGAACACAGUGUACGAGAUAAAGGUAAUACCAGAGAUUAAAGGAUGCUCAAAUAAUGAAAAAUAUUUUCGAACGUAUGUUGAAAGAACCAGCCAGGGACCAUCUGGUCCACCAUACGGUAUCACACUCUCAAAUUCUGUAAAAGGUUGCAAGAUUAAAUGGAAUCAACAAUACAAGAAAAAUAUUGGUGGUUAUGCUAUAAAAAUUGACGAAGGAGCGAAAAACUCAUUAUCUUCCAGGACAAACGAUGAUUCCGCUUCUCCGGAAAAGCAAUUAAAUAUGACUUUUGAAUAUGAGUUUUCAACGAAUCCAAACUCACAAUAUAAAGUACAAGUUGGGACCAUUCCUCCAGCUGUUUGUCAUGGAAAAGUACCGAUAGCAUGGAGUGAGGCUGCUACUGGUUGCCCUACGAAACGAACAGCUCCGUCUGUAGUCAUCACACCAGCGAUAGAUGACAGUGGGAAUGCAGAACACAAUACAAGGACAAUAAAAUUAAGUCCAGUUGAUGAAAGAAAUGGAUCGGUCAGUUGUUAUAUUGUUGUUGUUUACAAACGUACAAAAGACGGAAAUGAAACAAAAAUUAUAAAAGAUGUUGACAUGAUGAAACAGUUCAAUGAUACUGUGGAAGAUGGAGAUAGUUUUGUAGCGUUUGCCUUAAACAGGUUUGAUGAAACUAAAAGAAUUGUUCUCGGAAAUGGCGGAACAACUUGCUGUGAUAUGAGUGGAUUGAAUAAAACUUGCGAGAGUAAAGACGACAGUAGUAGAAAAAAGAGAUCAACUAGUAAAAACAAUGUUGUAGAAGGAAAUAAUCGAGAGUUGGACAGUGCGAGCGAAUACCAACAUUAUAUUCUAGUUUCGGUGCCGGAUGAAGAUGGCGGUGAUCCUAUCAUUGUGGCAAGUGAUUUUUCCGAGCCGUGGUCUGUAACAAAGGAAACUGGUGGACAAGGAUCAGAUUUGCCGCUGAAAAUUAUUCUACCGUUGGUGAUAUUGCUAAUAAUAGUGGCACUCCUGAUUGGUGUUGUAUUUUAUAAAAGAAAACAGUCAAAGAAAACUGAUUCGCAUGAUGAGAUUGUAAUGAGAAGAAAUAUUCGUGCGAAUCGAGCAGACGAGCACAUCGAUGUUGAAGCGAAUAUUGAGCGAAGGAAUCCAUAUGAAAUUAUCAAUCGACUUCUUCGAAAACAUUUAUUUCAGUUGACAAAUCUGUUUCAGUUAAUGAAUAACAAAAGAGCUGAUGAAGAUCUAUUAUUUCUAGAGGAAUUCAAGGAAGACGUUCCGGCUGCCGUAAAGGCAUGUAAACUAACGGCAGAUAUUUCCAGGUUACCAGCAAACCUUCCAAAGAAUAGAUAUAAAAACAUCGUUCCAUAUGACAACACAAGAGUUCUACUACAUAAAAUAUCUGGCGAUGAGUUUUCAGAUUACGUUAAUGCUGCCUUUAUAGACGGAUACAACUUUCCAAACAAAUUUAUUGCUACUCAAGGACCAAAGCCUAAUACCAUAGCAGACUUCUGGAGAAUGAUAUGGGAAAAAGAUUGCUAUAUUAUUGCUGUUUUGACUAGAUUAACUGAAAAUAAAAAGGUAAAAUGCGCGGAGUAUUGGUCCGAAGAUGACGAUCAGAGUAUCGUGUAUGGCAAUAUUGCCGUCAAUUUAAUCGAAUCUUCGAAGUGUGGAGACUACGUUCGUCGUCGGUUUGAAAUAUCCAAAGACAAUGAGACAAGGGAAGUACUGCAGUUUCAAUUCAUUGCGUGGCCUGAUCAUGGUGUUCCUGCUACAACUUCAAGUUUGUUAAGAUUCCACAAAGCUGUUGUUUACUCUCAAACCGAAACAGCGGGACCGAUUGUUGUGCAUUGCAGUGCCGGAGUUGGCAGGACUGGAACGUUUAUAGCUCUGGAUAUAGUCUCAGAACAGAUUGCUGAAUCGGAAGAGUUCAACAUAUGUGAAAUAGUGGGCAGAAUGCGCACAAGAAGGCCGGAAAUGGUUCAAACAUUGGAUCAAUACAUUCUUAUCCACAAACUAUUACUCGAGUUAUAUCAGUUUGGUGAAACGGACGUCGAUGUGUCUGCAUUCAAUGCAACGUACAAAAAUAUGCAGAGAAUUAACGGACAAUCAAGUGAAAUCGAUCAUGAAUUUGACAUGCUGGAUUAUUUUCUACCACUCGACACAGAUCAGGAUGCUGGAUACAAAACAGAAAAUAAGCAUUUCAAUCGCGAUCAGACAGUCAUUCCAUAUGACCACAAUGGCGUGUUCAUACAAAUGAAUCCCACUGACAAAUGUGUACCGUAUUACAAUGCUAGUAACAUCACAUCCUAUUAUCCGACGGACAUAUUCAUAGCAGCACAAACUCCAACUUCGGAAGGUACUGAGGCAUUCUGGCGAAUGAUCUUAGAUAACAAAGUCAGCAUGAUUGUAUCCUUGUGCGAGAAAAAUGAAGAGGCAGACUACUGCUUUUGGCCCGACAAAGCACGAGAGCGUAAAUAUGGGCAUGUUUCCGUAAAAACAACAAAAGAGACCAGUUCAAUGGGAUGCACAGAAAGAGAAUUUGCAGUAUCACUGAAAGAAAAGAAGACGACAGUGUCACAAAUUCAUUAUGGCCAGUGGUCCGAACAAAAUAAUCCAGCAAAUUCUGGCACCGUUCUUGAGAUAAUUGCGAGCGUCGAGAAGCAUCACCAAACAUUGUCCAAUUCUGAGAACAAGACAACGCUCGUACAUUGCAGUGAUGGAUCUGGAAGAACUGGGACUUUUUGUGCCAUUUCAAAUCUAAUAGAAAGACUGAAAAAUGAAAAUCGUGUUGAUGUAUUCAGAACAGUGAAAGAUCUGAGGGAUCAAAGGCCGAUGAUGGUCCGAACUGUGGGUCAAUAUGAAUUUUGCUAUCAGGCUGUGAGCGAUUUUCUUCAGUCAUUUGAUCUUUAUGGGAAUUUCCAAUAAAAACAAGGAAACGAAAAUACGUUAGUUUCAAUAUCACAAGUUGAACGACUCACCGAAGUCACAGAUGCAAAAGAUUCUAAAUUUCCCUUUAUAAUUAUAAAUAGUUUGUUUUAUAAUCGACUGUUCAAAGUUUAAAGACUAUAUCUAUAUUCCUAAAUUUUACUUUACAAAUAAAAAAUAUAACGAAUUUUCAGCAGACGUAAUCUACAGCAAUAGGCACUCAUAUGCGUUCCUUUUUGUCAGCCAUAUCAAAGUGAGUGUAAUGAUUUAUAUGUUUACGCCACCUCCAGGCUACAAGUAUUAAAAAUCGAUGUAGAUUUUGUGGUAAUUUGUCAAAAAUGCACUAUGUCAUUUUAGUAACAAAUCUUCUGUCCCUCUUAUUUGACAAUUUUUGUUAGAAAUGAUUUUAAUUCCUGGUGAUUAAAAGUAUUCAGGAAUCCGCAUUGUGGACGUCUUGCUUGUGAAGACAGACUUCUAUUGCUGUAGGCUACAGAUAUCCAACAGAUAAGUUUCAAUUUGUAUAUCCGCUUGCCCUGCUCUCACGCCCUUAGAAUAGUGGCCGAUAAUAAGAAAAACCUUGAAUUUUUGUAUAUAUAAUCAUAAGCAUAUGCAUUUUUUAACAUUUUCUACUUUGUGUGAAUUGUCCAAUAUAUCAACUUUUUUUAUCCAUCAUUUGCCAAAACGCUGCAAAAUCAAGACUUUUUAAGCUGCAGCUAUAGUUGCAUGUCAAAAAGAUUUUCCGAUUUAAAAAAAUCAAAAAAGUGACCGAAUAAACUAGUCAGGUAUUUGUUAAAUUUGAAGCUAGUUCAGGAAAUAUUUACAAUAUAAACAAAUUAAUACACAAAAAGAAACAAACAAAAAAAAUUCUUGAAAAAUAAUAAGCAUUAUCACUCUUCAUAUCUGCCGAAUAAAAGUAUCUUAUAUAUAACUUUUGAUGUUAAUGACUCAUGUUGC